AUGUCCAACCCCACCAUUCUUGAAGCUCUUCAGUGGCAUACCACGGCCAUUGGCACUUCGUCCCUUCCCAAGGGUCAUAAUACGAGAGUUAAGACGCAUAUUAGAAUCUCUACUUGGACUGAGUGGUCAGACUUCACAUAUGAAAACGUCAUGGCGAUGUAUGCAGACCAGUUGGAACGUCCGUACCAUGGUCAGAAAGAACGAAUAGCGUUGGCAAAAGACCUUUGGGUCUACAACGAAGCCUCCGUUGAUGACUUGCAGCGGAAAUUCCCCUUCACAAUCAUUAAUAGUGCUCUGGACUCCAUAAUGACGGAAGAGACUCGGCCGCACGCUCCUUAUUACGGUCGCGGAGCGAUGUCCCGGGGUUCCGGCUACGUACCUGACUGGGCCUGCGUCUCGGACCGGGAAUAUCACAACAAUAAUUACAAGAGUAUCGUUACUGGCGACACCAAAACAAGCGCCAAAUGGCAACCCGAAAUGUACAAUAGUGCGCACACGCACACUUUUUUAGAGUGGCAAAAAGUCGUCACACAAGUGGCCGCAUAUGCAAACAGAUUCCGUACCCGGUAUGGCUUCAUUGUUACAGACAAGGAAGUUGUGAUUCUUAGGUUCAAACGUGAACGCAUUGCACCUGGCAUCGCCGCAAGCCGUCCUCGCCGACGACCAAACACUAGAGUUAACUUUAGCCAGACGUCUAGCCCACAUUCAUCCUCUAGUGACCCAAGUCUACCCUCGUCCGAGUCCUACGAUGAUGAUGAGGAUCAGGGAGUGGACGAUAAUAUUGAGUAUAAGACUAUUCCCUGGGGGGUAAACGGGCCUGGUAAGCUCACGGCAAAGCUGGCUCUCGCCGUCCUGCCACUGAUGGCUCUGCAUGGUGAGCGCCAUCUCGCUCGCUCGUAUCCUGGACUCAACACAUGGCGAACCGAUGGGACAGGCGUACGGCACAAUACAACGGGCGAAUUCCGCAAAAGGGCGCCGCCAGGCGCGAUAAUGGAAGAGGAUGAAGGUGACGAAGACGACGAAGACGACGAAGACGACGAAGAGGAUGAAGAUGACGAAGAGGACGAAGAGGAUGAAGAGGACGAAGAUGACGGAGACAGCAGACCAGGAUCAAUAUAUGGUGACAUCGAGCUACCCAAACCAAAACAUGUGACAAAGAACAAGUUCUCAAAAAAAUAA